UGCAGGGCGGGUGGAGGCAAAAUUGAUAUCAAAUAAGGGUAUCAAACUGAGAUGCGGAUGUUCCGUUUAAGUUGUUGCUCAUUUACAUUAGCCAUGCCAGGGGUGAAAAGCUUAUAACUUAAACAUCCUCUGUAGUGAAAACGUCUCUUUUCUGAUGGAUUUAUAUUUUUCUUCUUCAUACAGGCAGAAGGAGUGCUGUGGUGGAUACAAAUGAAGGGGUUUCUGUAUCCUCUUUUCGUUUUAUUAUUUACUAAUCAGGCUUUAGCUCAGGUAGAUAAAAGAGAGAGGUUCUAUUGCCUAGAUGGGAGGCCUUUAAUGACAAUGGGGGGCCCCAGGGAGCCGAAAUCCGAAGUAGAACGAUGAUGCUUUCGGGUUUCUUGUCAUUUCUUCAGUUGCGUCUUCCCCUCCUUUUUCCAAUGGGCCUAGUGAGCAGGAACUGUCCAAGGUGCUAGAAUGCCGGCAGCUCGGCCGUUCAAUGCAGGCGGAUCGCAGAAAGAGAGACGAGAGAUUACUGCUUAUUUCAGAAGAAUAUAAUCAAAUGAAGCACCUUAGCCAGCCUGGGUGAUUGUUUCGAGUCUUGUAAUCAUCUGGGUAGCAAAGUGGGUAAAAACAUUCAGUUUCUUCCCUGCUGGACCUGGAAGGAGAGGGGCUGUGUGUUCAUCCCCACCCAUUAGCUAUGCCCUCUUUUCUCUGAAUGUCGAUUUCAGGAAGCAAGCACCUGUCUUCUGUCACCGUGUCUUCCUAGAAAACUUUAAAGGCCAUUUUAUCUGAUAGGAAGAACAUCAAGAAUGCUCUGAUCUGUAGUGAUGAAGAAUCUGGGAGUGGACACUUUUCCCAUCCAGAUACAAUGCACUUUAAUUGAAGAAAAACUGAGCUGAACUACAAGCCUAUUUGUUAUGGUGCUGGAUUACUCCUACAGAAGUGCCCUGAGAUCAACCGCGAGCGAGGGCUCUGACAGACACGAGUCACCUUUCUGAUCAUUGCACUUAGCUCUCCCUGGGGACUUACAUUUUGGAAGUGUUCCUUUUUACAUGAUAUCCUCCAAGAUGAUGAGUUCUAAUCCAGAGGAAGACCCUUUGGACACAUUUCUUCAGUAUAUUGAGGAUAUGGGGAUGAAGGCUUAUGAUGGCUUGGUUAUUCAGAAUGCAUCAGACAUCGCUCGAGAGAAUGAUCGCUUGAGAAAUGAAACAAACCUGGCCUACUUGAAGGAGAAGAAUGAAAAACGCCGAAGACAAGAAGAAGCAAUAAAACGCAUAGGUGGAGAAGUAGGGAGAAGCCACGAAGGAAGUUACGUGGGCAAACAUUUCCGCAUGGGGUUCAUGACGAUGCCUGCACCUCAGGACAGACUUCCCCAUCCUUGCUCCAGCGGCUUUUCCGUGAGGUCACAGUCUCUGCACUCGGUUGGGGGCACCGAUGACGACAGCAGCUGUGGCUCCCGGAGACAACCACCCCCCAAGCCCAAGAGGGACCCUAGUACCAAGCUGAGCACAUCGUCAGAGACCGUCAACAGUACAGCCACCACCAGUAAGGGCGGGAAAGCCCCAGAGAGGACUGAAGUAUCAGCCAAACCAAGACCCCACAGUGACGAAUAUUCAAAGAAGAUUCCUCCCCCCAAACCAAAACGCAACCCAAACACUCAGCUCAGCACAUCGUUUGAUGAAACGUACAUCAAAAAGCACGGGCCCAGGAGGACAUCGCUCACGCGUGACUCCUCCCUCUGCCAGGUCGGCGGCCCCGCAGGGGACGCGGAGGAGGAGGAGCCGGUGUACAUCGAGAUGGUGGGGAACAUUCUCAGAGACUUCAGGAAAGAGGAUGACGACCAGAGCGAGGCCGUCUAUGAAGAAAUGAAAUACCCCAUUUUUGACGACUUAGGCCAAGACCCAAAAUGCGACCUUGACCAUCACAGUUGUUCUUCGCAGUGUGCUACUCCCACCGUGCCUGACUUGGACUUGGCCAAGUCCUCAGUGCCAUGUACUCCAAAGGGUUUGCUUUGUGACAUCCCCCCACCCUUCCCCAACCUGCUUUCUCAUAGACCUCCCCUGCUGGUGUUCCCGCCAGCCCCGGUGCAGUGCUCCCCCAAUUCCGACGAGUCCCCGCUCACCCCGUUGGAGGUCACCAAGCUCCCUGUGUUGGAAAACGUGUCUUACAUGAAACAGCAGGCCGGAGCCUCUCCAUCCUCGCUGCCCUCCGGCCACCCUAAGCUGGAGAAGGACCAGAGCGGAGCCCUGGGACCUGCGUCUGCGCUCUCCUCGUCCCCUCCUCCGCCUUCCGCUCUGUACCGAACGCAGUCCCCCCACGGCUACCCGAAAAGUCACUCUGCCUCCCCGUCGCCUGUGAGCAUGGGGAGGUCCCUGACCCCCCUCAGCCUCAAAAGGCCUCCGCCGUACGAUGCUGUGCCUUCAGGCAGCCUCGCGAGGAGCUCUCCCUCAGUGCCUCCUUCCAGCACCAGGCCAGUGUCACAGGACGGGGGCAAGAUGGUCAGUGCUUCGGUGAACACCUAUGGGUCGGCCCCGAGUGGCUCCCGGUCCAGGACGCCCACGAGUCCGCUGGAAGAACUCACCAGCCUCUUUACGUCGGGACGAAGCCUGCUGAGGAAGUCCUCCAGCGGCCGCCGGUCUAAAGAACCUGCAGAGA